AUGUUUUUGUGUGGAGUAAUUUUUACCAUAAUUGCUGCACUAAUACAAUUUUCACAAACCAUUCCCGAUGGACUUUUAGCUUCAGAAGAUAGAUUUGGUUUUAUGGUGGCUAUAUACGAUCACUCCAAAUACAUCUGUGGCGGUACAAUUGUGUCCCUUUACUUUGUAGUAACAGCCGCUCAUUGUUUCAAGCAAGGACGUGUUACAACUGGUAUACAAGUUAUAUUUAAUACAAUAGAUUUGAACAAUAUUGAAGGUGAUAAUGUAAGACGUGUAGAGGAUAUUAUUACACAUCCCCGCUAUUCAAUGAUGACUAUGGAUUUUGAUAUAGCAUUAGUUAAGGUAGAUGAUGAUUUACUUAAGAACGAGUAUCCACAUGUGAUGAAACUGGAAUUGGCACAAAAUUAUGAUGUAUACUAUGGCAAUGAUGCCAUAGUUGUGGGUUGGGGCCAGCAAGUAGAACCUAAUGAUGUGCCACCUGUUCGUCUAACGUAUAAGGCCAUUAAGAUAUGGCAAAGAGAUGAAUGUAAUUCCCGACGUAUAUGGGGUCCUGAGGCGUAUUAUCUUAAUCAACCUUUGGUAAGCGAACGCAUGUUAUGUGUUGAUGUACCAAAUGUUGGACCCGGCACCUGUGUAAGCGAUGAUGGUUCGGCUUUGAUUACAAAUGAAACGGAAUUUUUGGGUAUUUCAUCAUGGCGCUAUGACUGUCAAUCGCCUGGUAAACCUUCGGUAUAUACAAGUAUACCUCUGAUGAAAGCUUGGAUUUUGAAAACUAUGACAAAUUAUCAUGAAUAA